AUGGACACAUCAACAACACCAUCACAGCUCGUCCACACCAUCCGCAAAAACUGGUCCAUCCCCCCCUCAGACCCGCACCUCAUCCCCCCUUCCCUCCUCGCCGGCCUAACCCCCUCUCACAUCUCACCCCCGCUCCUCAGCGCCAUACACCGACUCUCCACCUUGACCUUUGGCCAGCGCGAUCGCGCAUACAACCUGCUGAAUACCUACUACCAAGCGCGGAAGCGGGAGCGGGGCGAACAGCAAGCCGGAGGCGGGAUGCUGGAGGUGGGGGAUGUAGAGAAGGCGUGUGGGAGUGCGAGGAAGAUGAGUUGUGUUGGGUUGGGGGUUGAGCAACGAGCAUGUAUAUUGGGUGUGGAGGCCAUGAGGGAGGGUGGUAAGGGUGGUAUGUGGGGGCGUGGGGAGAGUGUGCGGGAAUCGGUUGAAGAGGUGGGAGUGGAAGUGGAAGUGUCGCUGGUGCAGAAACGAAGGGUGGAACUGGCUCCGAUUGUCACGAUGAAGAGUUGUGCGCCGGCGGUUGCGGUGGCGGAGGGGGAAGGGGAGGUGCUGAGUAGUUUUACGCCGUUGUUUAGGAGGUUGCAGGAUGAGCUUGGGGGUGGUGCGGGUGGGAGUGCGGGUUUGGGUUUGGAUGGGCAGCAGCAGGGGGUUGAGCUACCUGAGGGCGAGAAGGGGGAGGGAAGUGGAAGUUGGGAUACGGAGAAAGACGUGAGUGCGGCACAGCGUGCUAUGCAUGAGUUUAAUGUUAGGAGGUUGGAGAUGGAGGGGAAGAAGAGGGAGUAUGAAGAUGCAGUUUGGAGGUUUGAGGAGGCAAGGUGGAGGAUGGAGAGUGUGAAGGGGGGCAGGAGAUAG